CUAGGGUGACGGUAUAUUAAAAAAAAAAAAAAAAAAAAAAACAUAAAUAAUAAUAUAAAAAAAUAAAAUUUUGGCCAAGAUUUAUGAAGAAAGAUUAUUUAUUUGCAAAAUUUUAUAAGAAAUACACUUUUUUUUUUCAGAAUUUUGGACUUUUUCAUUUAUAUAGCAAAAAAAAAAAAAAAAUUCCAGUGUUGAAUAAAUACCACCAAAAUAAAGUUUUAUCUGUCUCAAAAAAACAUGCUAAAAAAUUAAUGUGGGUACAGUGUUGCAUGACCGCGCAAUUGUCAUUCAAAGUGUGAUAGAACUGAAAGCUGAAAAUUGGCCUGGACAGGAAGGGGGUGAACGUGUCCGGAGUGGAAGUG